AUGGAGAAAUCAGAAAUCCUAGUCCACGUCUCCGCUCCCAGCGGGGUCAGGGAUGACGCCAGGUAUCGAGCCCAGGUCGAGGCUAUCCUGGGCUUUCAGAGCCACAUCACCCUGCAGGACAAUGAGGCUUCGUUGGGUCCACUCGGUAUAUCCCAGUCAAUCGGCCUAGCGGCCGCCGUCGCUGCACCAGAUCGAACGGCCCCGUCGCCAUUAAAUCCUGCAUUAUCAGAAAAGCAUCAAAGUCGGGCUCGAUUAGAGAAGGACUCUCUCGACAGCCCAGUCAGCGUGAUCCCCGAUUCGCAACCCGAGCACCUGGCCCCAGAACCAGAGGGGGGUUUGCAUUUGCAGGAGAUUCCUCAGCCUUCUAAGUGCCAAUUUGUCACUGGCUCGUCUUCAUCUGCCAAGCGGCGUCGCGUGGAUUCGCCAUUGUCUUCUCAAAUCAUCCCACCCCCAUCUACCUCAACGGACGACGCAUCGCCGUAUAUAUCACUCGCUUCGCUGCCUCUACAAAUCCACCCGCCAUUGCCUCCAGUGUCAAAUGCCCAUUUCGUAACUCACAUCACCCCAACACUAACCAUGCUAACUGAACGCUUAAACCCAUCACGAACAUAUAAGCCAAUCAAAAAGACCCGAGACCUGGACAUUCUAGAAAGAGGACACUGGUUCCUCCGUAUAAAUAUCCUCGAACCUCAUGUAUCAGAUGUACAUACAAACACAGCCAACAACCCACCAAACCAACAACCUCAAACAACAAACCCAAACACCUGGACCCUACCUACCUUCCAUCGCUUCUGGCGCUUUCUAUCCGACUUUAUCUCCAAAGAAAGUCGCGCCGGUUGGGGAGUAUGGUGCUUAUUGGACGAAGAAGAACAAGCUGAUGACGUACAUGCAUUAACCCCGCAACCUGCAGAUCCAACAACGUUUCCCACCCGCGAAGAUCAUGAGGAAAAGAAACCACCUCCCCAUCCCUCCAGACCGCUUGUUUUCAAAAUCUACGCAUGGGGUGAAAUAGCCAUGCACAUCUAUCUGCUCUUGUUCCUGGCUAGCGAGCGCCGGGUCCGAAAAAUGGGGGCCCAGUGGCGGGAUGGGUCACAAGAGGUGGUUAUUCAAAUGUAG